AUGCAGGUUGUUGUGUUAUGUUUAAUCGGUAGAAGUGUGUCACUGUCUAAGUCUGGGUUACACAUCCGUAAUUUUAGCGGCCACUUAGCUUUAAAUGGCGUUAGUACGAUACGAAAUAACGUGCAACACAAUAAUAUACCGCUAUAUAACACGCUGACUCUACGUGGUAGAAGAAACGAUGGUGUAUAUACACCUCAUCUCGGCUGCCACGCCUUCACACACGAAACGGGCUCCUAUUCUGCUGCAAAGCCCUCUGUUAAUCCUUGUUGGUCUAUUCCAAAGGACUAUGUGCCACCAUCAAUAGAGGAUUCUUGCAAGGAUGCCGAGGGAACCCUGGAUGGAGGCAUUCUGGCAACUCGUGAACUCAUCAGAUCACUGAAAUCGGAACUAUCUAGCCUGGAAGAUCAUGAUAAAUGUAUAUCAAAGUUGGUGUCAAUGGGCUCUAAAAUUUUCAAGGAUGCUCCUGAGCCUUCUGUGAUGAGAGUACCUCCACGUAGUCUGUCAGAUAUUAACAGUUUCCGUUUACCCGUUGCUGGAAACGAUAGUGUAAAAUAUCGCAAUUACUUCGUCUAUAAGCUACCAGUGGAUGUGGAUUAUAAGCUAGUUACAGGUUGUGUAGCUUCUAUCUUCGUUGCCGUCCACGUGGAUGGCACUGGCAUUGUCUACGUUGAUGGGACGUCAGACUCUUUGAUAACCAAGGCUAUUCUAUCACUUAUAAUUGACAGUGUUGCGUUAAAAAGUGUCGAAGAUGUGCUUCAAGUAACCGCUAGUGAUGUUGGACAUGAGUCCGUGCUAGGUGGUCUUGGUUUCAUGAAACGUGAUGGUGUUGGCAGCAUCUUAUCCCACAUAAAAUCUGAGGUUCGGGCACAAAGUGCCUCUACAACCGUUGCGCCGCAGCUCAAACUUCGCCCAAGUAUUAUGAAAAAGAGAAGGAUUGCAAUGUUGUUAAGUGGCGGUGUGGACUCAUCUAUUGCAUUAUGGUCAUUAAAAUCCCGUGGUUACGAUGUCGAAGCAUUUUAUUUGAAGGUUUGGGGUGUUGCCAAUGAUGAUGAUAUGGGUACUUGCCAGUGGGCUAGUGACGUUGAGCACGCCAUGGACGUUUGCAAACGUCUUGAAGUGCCGCUCCAUAUAUUGCCAUUUCAGGAUCUGUACCAUGAACGUGUACUAGACCCGUAUAUUGAGGGUACAAGGUUGGGAGAGACCCCAAACCCUGACGUUUGUUGUAACGAGUUUAUCAAGUUUGGUGUAUUUUUGGAUUAUGCAACACGUUGGGGGUUCAGCCAUGUUGCAUCUGGUCAUUACGCAUCCGUGUUUGACGACACUUGUACCGACGGUUUCCCCGGUAAGGUAACACGCUUGCGUUUAUGCAAGGAUCUUUCUAAAGAUCAGACUUAUUUUUUGAGUCGUUUGAGUCAAUCUCAGUUACAACGUGUGCUAUUUCCUCUGAAUGGUCUUUUGAAGAGUGAAGUUCGUGAGAUUGCCCGUACUUUAUGUUUGUCUAAUCAUGAUCGGAAGGAUUCUGUUGGUUUAUGUUUUUUGGGUAAGGUGAAUGUGCGAUCAUUUUUGUCCGAGCGUCUUGGCCGAUGUCCCGGUCCGAUCGUUGACUGCGAGAGCAUGAAACGUGUCGGUGAGCAUCCAGGGUUGUACCACUUUACAAUAGGUCAACGUGAGGGUAUUGCUCAGUACCUUAGUUCGGUCCGUGAGACUUAUAAAUUACGUCACGUUGUUGGCAAGGACGUGGGUACCAAUACUUUAUAUGUUAGUUCGUGCUACCACACUGGUAGAUACGUGGAUGAGGGUGGCAUACGUCGCCGUUUUUUUAUCCGCGAUAUAACGUGGAAUAUACCGGAUUAUCAUCGUUAUAUAUUAUGUGGCGUUGACGGUGAGCGUAGGUUAUCACUGAAGUUACGACACUCUCCAAAUUUCGCUACCGGUAAAAUUGAAUUCAACAGCCCUGCGCAGCCCACUGGCGCGACGGUAAACUUGGACCGUGCAGACGUUGGUCUGGCUACAGGUCAAUAUGCAGUUUUUUAUGCAGGCAACGAUUGCAUAGGUGCCGGUAAGAUCGUGGCUAGCGCGGACUAG